AUGCCCGGUCACUUCAAACAGAAGGUAUUGAAUGCCUUGGGCAUGAAUCAGCAUGCUGGAAGCCCGCAGGACCAAAGCUUGCCGCCAGGAGUAGUAACGCAUCAACCAUCUAGAGAAAGGGUGCAAGUGCAGAUUCAAGACGACGAGCGUCCACUUACAUCCGGACCCAACAAUGGCACCUAUCCUCGCCUGACUCGCCUUGCUGAUGGCUCUUUGCUGUCGUCCGUUACUCAGUUCCCCGACGGUCAAAAUGCGCUUCGCAUUGCUCGCAGCACGGAUGGAGGACGCACGUUUCAUGAGUAUGCAGAAGUGACCCGGGCCACUGGAGAGAUUGACAAUCUCUUCCUCCUCGAAGUCAUUCCCGGGACUGUGCUGGCAGCUUUCCGCAACCACGAUAAGGGACCCGAGGGCUUCACGCAUUUCCGAAUCACCGUUUGCAGAUCCACAGAUGGAGGUCGCACCUGGCAUUACGCUUCUCAAGCCGCGGAGAAGUCUCCUCCUUGGGGUAUCUGGGAGCCGUUCAUGCGCAUUGGCCGCGAAGGCGAAGUCCAAUUAACGUAUUCGCUUGAAUAUGCGCACAACAACCAGUGUACAAUGCUGGUGGUCUCCCAUGACCUGGGCAGUUCCUGGAGUGGACCCGUCUGCUUGUACGGGAGGGAGGAGCCCCUUCGAGAUGGGAUGAACGGUAUCGCGACCACCUUUGACAACGGCCGUGAGGUUCUGAUCAUGGUCUUUGAAACCACUCGAUACGGACCCUUUAGUAUCGAAGCACUCGUCUCGUACGACGACGGCGCAUCCUGGCAAGAUCGCCAGGAAGUGUUUCGUCCCCGUCCGGAACAUAAUGCUGGAGCGCCCCAGAUCUCGGCAUUUGCAGACGGGUCUCUGGCGGUGGUGUUCAUGACGGACGAUGAUUCGCAGCAAGUAGACUGGGUCCAACACGCUUCUAUCAAGGCCAUUUUUGCAGAUCCUCCUCAGAAUGGGCGCAUCUCUUGGAGCGAGGCGUACUUGGUUUCCCCGGAGUCUAGUUUCUGGCCGGGCGUUUUUGCGUUGGAUCAACACACGGCGUUGGUGACAUAUGACCGGGGUGGGCCCUUGGUGAAGACCAUUCUACGAGGUAUUCUAGAUCGAGAUUGA